AUGAAUUUCGGCUCGGACCGUACUUCCGAUUUUCUUCAAGUUGCAAACACGCUUCGGUCUUCGAAAACCAACGGUAUUGCCAGAAACGGUCUUGGAGAUCAUGGAGUUAAAACCAAUCGCGCACAGCGCCGCCGGCUUCAAGCCAAUGCAUCGUCUGUCUCUUCUACCUCCCAAUUUGCCAGCAUGGCAGCACUUAUUAGCAAUGAUUUGGCCGUCACUUGCAGCCGCCUUGAAAGUCUUUCCAGUCUCGCCCGCCAACGAACUCUCUUUGACGAUCAUUCAGCCGAGGUGCAGCAUCUCACUCUGCUCAUUAAAGAGGAUAUUGCGAACCUAAAUCACCGAAUCGCCGACCUACAAUCCCUAACUAAGCUCCAGCACCAACAACAGCAAUCCGCCAAGCACUCGAGCUCAGUGCUAAUGACCCUUCAGACCCGAUUGGCGGGCAUGUCGGAGAGGUUCAAGCGCGUGCUUGAAGAGAGAUCAUUAACGUUGCGGGACCAGGCUGCCCGAAAAAAUGCCUUCUCCGCGCGGCAGCCUCCUCCGGCCGCGGGAGGCGUCGUUAAUCCCGCAUUCGAACCUGACUCAGCCUCGAACGCAAGACAGCCUGUUCUCGCUGCUGCCGUUCCCUCCAUUCUCCUGGAGGUGAUUUUUUGUGUCACUGUUGUCUUGUGUUGUUCAUCUGAUUUGGUGGUUCCAUUUUUGUGUAAUUUCCAUCUUUUCGAGCUAAAUAUCACUUCUGAUUUUGUGCCUCAGGAUGAACAAAGAGCACGGCGCGCCGUUGGGUCGAACCAAGUGGUGACGGACUUUGCGGGCGUGCAGCACAAUGAACAGAUGAUGACGAUGUACCGCGAUCAGACGGAUAAUUAUCUCUCGGCACGCUACGACACCGUGCGCACCAUCGAACACACCAUUGUUGAGCUGGGCGAAAUCUUCCAACAGCUGGCUACCAUGGUUCACGAGCAAGAAGAGAGUGUGGAGAGGAUUGACUCGAAUGUAGGGGAAUCAGUGGCAGCGAUUGAGUCGGGUCAUACUGAGUUGCUCCGUUACCUUCAGUCUGUCUCCUCGAACCGCUGGCUCAUGAUCAAAGUCUUCGCCAUCUUAUUGGCGUUCUUCGUGUUCUUCGUGAUUUUCUUUGUCUGA